CGGCAAAGGUGAUUCGUAGUGGGGAAUACUUCUACAAUCAAGGACUUAUGGAAGUAGACAUUGUAGCGAGGCUUAAUAGUGUGCCUCCUUUAGAGAACCUUGUUGUGCGUCUUGGUAAAGUGUUUGUUUGGAAGGGUCAUCUUGUUCUGGUGUUUGAGAUGCUAAGUAUGAAUCUUUUUCAGCUGAUUCAACGUACAAAUUACAACGGUGUGAGUCUUGAUCUCACCAGAAAGUUUGCCUAUCAGUUGAUAUUGGUGCUAAAACAGUUAGAGGAGCAUAAUCCGCCCAUUAUUCAUUGUGAUGUAAAGCCGGAGAAUGUGGUGCUGCGGGAUCCAAGUCGAAGCUCCAUUCGUUUGAUUGACUUUGGCAGUGCCUGUUACCUGCACCAAGGGGCCAAGUUGUAUAAAUAUGUUCAAUCGAGGUUUUACCGUAGUGUGGAGGUAAUCCUGGAACUUGGCUACGACACCGCCAUUGACCGCUGGUCGCUUGGUUGCAUGCUUGUGGAGUUGCACACGGGUGUCCCGCUCUUUGCUGGAAAGAACGAGGCCGAACAAGUUGCCCGCUUCAUUGGUGUGCUUGGACCCUUGCCUGACGAGAUGAUUGAGAGAAGCCCAAAGAAGGAUUUCUUCUUUGUGGACUCCCGACAGGCACAGCAGGAGGCCUUUUUGCAACACUCCACAGGCAUGGGAGGAGGAGGCCCUGUCAUGGCGGAUCAAACGCAGCGACGGGAGCAUGCCGCGUCCCCGUCUCCAGUCAUCGCAGCAGAGGUACUGCAUAGUUUAUCGGCAACAUCGUCCAUCUCUGUGGUCACCGCCGCAUCUACGGCACCGGCAUGUUCUUACGUCGGUCACUCGGAUGUCGCAGCCAGAGCAGUGGCAACUCCACCACAUUCUCAGCAGCAACAGCAAUUGACAGCAGAGGCUAUAGGAGAAGCAACGGAUGGACGGCAAGCAUAUCGAAACUCUUUCUCCACACCUGGUAACAAUGUAUGUGCCAACAACAACAACAACAACAACAACAACAACAACAACAAUAACAACAACACGGUAGCUGUACCUGCGCUGCGCCGACCAAAAACGGCUCUCUCGACGGCAUUACCUGCGAAGAAGGAUGUUAUAGGACACACGACGAUAGGUGGUGGUGGUGGUGGUGGUGGUACUAGCGGUGGGGGAGGAGGAGGAGGAGUGGGAUCGUUUGCUCCUGCAGUAACGAGAAGAGGCAAGCACGCCACAUCCGGGAAUUCAUCGCAACAGAAGACUCAUCUUGGUGCCAAUGCAACAGCUGCCAUCCCGAUGACGACAUUUCCGACUCGAUCGUCCGCGGCAGUGCGAGCGUCAACCUUCACGCCAAGGCCCCGACUGACCUCAGCGAGUCAACCUAUUGCGCACAACGAGGGGUCAUUGCCCUCCUCUGCACGGGGGACUCGUGCGGGUGUGCAACAGGCGGCAGCGGCAGCGGAGCCACCACAACAAUCGGGCGCCACUACACCGCCCAAGAGCCCGUUUGUCAUCCGCUAUCCGCCUGCACCCGAGCAUUAUCAGAGCCUUGAGGAAACCAUUGGAGUUUACUCGGGUGGACCGCGAGGGUGCCGUCAGGGGCAGGCGGGACAUGGUGUAGAGGACUACAAGGUGUUUUUGGAUUUCGUCCAGCGUUUGCUUUGCUACGAUCCACGAAAACGCAUGAGUUGCACCGAAGCAUUGCAGCAUCCUUUUCUAUCAGAGUUAGAGGUGCAGAAGCAGUGGAAGACUUGA